UGGAGUAGGAGUGGAGGAAAAUGUGGAGAUCCUCUGUGAGUUCGCGCUUCUUCAACUUCGCGCUCGGGAACCAGUCACUCUCUCACUAAAGCAGUUUCAUCUCUCUAAAUCCCCCUCCGCCGUUGUCGGAAAUACUCACCGUCUGCAAUUCUCCCCUAGAAAAGCCCUAAUUCUUGCUCCGAACUAAACCCCCAAACUUUCCAAUUCUAGGGCUUCCAUUUCACCGGAUUUUUCAACGAUGUCGUGUAUGACAGUGACCAGAAAAAUAAUCCAGAUAGAGCUUCGGAACUUCAAAUCGUAUCAAGGCCCCCAUACCAUAGGUCCGUUCAAAAACUUCACGGCUAUAAUCGGGCCUCAUAUCGACGGGAAGUCGGAUCUCAUGGAAGCCAUAGGCUUCGUCCUGGGAGUCCGGGACGAGCAGCUCCGUGGUGCUCAGCAGGAGGAGCGUGAGGCGUUCGUCAUGCUCGUUUACCAGGAUAACGAAGGGUUGGAGGUCAAGUUAACUUCGUUAAUCAACCCUGAUGGUAGUAGAACGUACAAGUUUGAUGGCGUUGUGAUGAACUUGGACGAGUACAAAGCGAAGUUGAAAAAUAUUGAUAUCCUUGUUGAUGCUAGGAAUUUCCUUUUUCAGGGUGAACUGGAGUGUAUUGGUUCAAAAACCCCUAAGGAGCUAACAGCCUUAAUAGAACAAAUAUCUGGCUCUGAUGAAUGCAAGAGAGAGUAUGAAGAACUAAAAAAGCAAAAGUUUGAAGCUGAUGACAAGGCUAAACUUGCUCAUCAGAAUAAGGAAUCCAUUUCACUCCGGAAAAAGCAGAUGGAGAUGCAUCUCAUGUCUAAUCUGGCAAAUGAGCUUGAUAAGUUAUUGAAGGAGACAAAGCUUAUGAACUCAGAUAUAGAAUUGACUCAAGAGGAACUGAAUAAGGUGAUACAAAAGCGUGAAAGUAAUUCGCUGGAGGCUACGAAUCUUGAAAGAGAAUUUAGGAAUUUGACAAAGGAACUUGAAGAUUUGCGUGAGAUUAGCCAGGGUGGUGGAGGUUUUGUGCCAAAUGAAAAGGAUGCGGAGAAAUUUUCCCAGCUCAAAAACGAGGUCAAUGCGAAACUUGCUGAGUUCAAAAGAAUCAAAAUGAUUUUAGACGAGCAACAAGAUGUUUAUGUGGAAUUAGAAAAGAACUUGGAAGAGGAUGCUCACCAAUUUGAAUAUCAUAAAGAGGUGCUUACGAAGUACAUAGAAAAACUGAGGUCUAAAUUGGAUGAGCUUGAGCCAACAAGAGAGAGGCAGCAACAGGAAUCUGGACCAUCAGGCAAGAUAAAAGGCCUUGAAAAAGGGAUACAGCAGACAGAAAAUGGGGAGAAAGGUAUCGAUAAAAAUCUGGACGAACAGAAGAUGGAAAAUCGCACAAGAAUUGUAACUGAGAUGGAGUCCUCUAAUAGAAAUUGCACAGAGUUGGAAAGCUAUAUUACCCAGAACGUACCAGAUAUCCAAGUGCUGGAGAAAAGCAUCAGUGAUAGUGUUCAAUAUAUCUACAAAAAAUUCUGUAAGGAUGUUGGUCAGGACAUGAGCGAAUAUGACAAAAGGCAUAAAAAUGCUUCAGAUAAAUUUGCAACGCUUGGUGAGGAAUUUCGGGAAAAAUGCAAUCAAUUGUUGGAGUUUGUUUCGCAUAUAACCAAACUGGAAAAAACGACUGCUCACUCAGAAGCUAAGAUGGGAGAUUUGGUGGAAAACCAGAAGUUAGUGGAAAUAGUGAGAGAGAAGAAAAAUCUUGACAGCGAAGUUUUAAAUGAACAAGAACCAGAAAAUUGUACACUGGAUGAUUAUAAGAUUGUCUCAAAGGAAGAAGAAGCUGCAUUACAAGAGUGGGAGGAAGCCAACAAUGAGCAGCAUAACGCAACUGUUAAUUACAACGAAAUUAAGCUAAAGAGGAAUAAAAUCUUCAUGGAUGCUUUUAAUCACAUCUCAGAUAACAUUGACAAGAUAUAUAAUGAACUCACAAAGAGCAACAUCCAUGGGGUGGGUGGAACAACGUAUAUGAACUUGGAGAAUCCUGAUGAGCCAUACCUAGGUGGCAUAAACUACAUUGCUAUGUCACAAACAUUGGAAAAUCUAUCUGGUGAUGAGAAGACAGUUGCGGCACUUGCUUUGCUCUUUUCCAUCCACAGUUUCAAACCUUCACCGUUUUUCAUAUUGGACGAAGUGGAUGCUGCAUUAGGCACUUUGAAUGUUGCAACAGUUGCUGACUUUAUUCGAGCAAAAUCUUGUGGAGUAAGAUCAGACACAGACAGUGUUCUUGACGGAGCAUCUAGUUUCCAGAGCAUCGUGAUCUCUGCCAAGGAUAAGUUUUAUAGAAAAGCUGAUGCCUUGGUUGGUGUAUAUCAUAAUUCUGAGCGAGGCAGCUCACAAACCUUGACAUUCGAUUUAACUAAAUACCAUGAAUCUUGAGAGGAAUUCGACACUGCUGUGGCCUGCAGCUCUUUAUCAAGUCCACACGAUGUUGAAGAUGUAUGUAAUAGACAAUGUACAUGAUCAGGAUGAUCAGGAUGCUCGUAGACUCGUAGUUGUUAAAUGGUAUGUACUGCCAAAUCACUUGUUUUUUUUGAGGCGCAGAAUAUUCAAAUGUCACAACAAUUAACAUUAGCAACUUGAUAACAAAAUCAAGAGUAAAGUCAAAACUGGUCUUGAAUAUAUGCUCAUUUUAUGAUUUUGGUCU